AUGCGACCUUCGACUUCUUUUCGGUUCCUUCUUGACGGCCUUGACCAGGUCGCUGACGUUGUCACAGCCGGCAGUAGGAACUUGAAUAACCUGGCCACCGUUGUGUUUGAUCCAAAUGAACUCACUCUGCACCAGGCAGUGGAUGCUACUGCCCUGGAACCCGAUCUCCCAAUAUCGAGUAUUUCUGCCGCCGGUCUGUCUGCCAAGUCACCACUCAUCGUCAAGGCACCCGAAAAGAAGUCGAAGGUCGCAUUGGUGUUGCAGUCGAAUGCAACAAUCGAGGAGAAAGAGUCGCUCUUGGAGGAUUUUUUGCAGGCCAAGGACCGAGAAAUGCAGGCCAAGGACCGAGAAAUGCAGGCCAAGGAUUCUUUACUUGAAGAAUUGAAAGAAAAGCUCCGCGGGAUUGAAUCAGAGCGCGACUUUUUGAAAGGCAUGCUGAAUGCAUGCAGUAUCCUGGAAAAGUACGAGAAACGUUUCAAGGACAAGAAUCUCUCGCGGACUCAAAACUGGAAGAUGCAUUUGGACCGCAACCCAGCAUUAAAGGCACGACUGCAAGAAUGUGACAAAAACAUCGCCUGGCACGACAAGGUUGUCGAUAUUUACAAGCACCUAUCUGAAAUCGUACACCAGGACACAAGCAGGCUUGGAGGCAGUCGAUUCCUGGUGAUGAUCCGAAAGAAUCUUCCGGAAAUUGACGUGUGUUUUAUCCAGGCGAUUGCUGAGCAAAUCUAUGGUGAACACGUCAGAGUCAACGCGAAAGCAGAUGAAGAGGAUUAA